AAAGUAAUAGUUCUAUCAUGUGUUUCUUCCACCCACGAACUCAGCCAGCUGAUUUCAUUAAAUAUAGUUGUACCUCCCGGCGGAAGAAUUGUGCUAAUUAGCAAAUUAAGGUGAUUGGAACAAAAUAACGGGGAGGACUUUUACUUUCUGAACCUGGAUUUUCCUCGCGCACACACACACACACACGCUACUAUGUCGCGUUUCAUUUGCGCCUGGUGAGCGGGCUGUGCCUUUAAGAUUUAAGUAGCUGCGAUUCCUUAUAGCUAUCUUAAAAUUCCAGUGUGUUGUAGUUGCACUGAAAGUUUGAGUGGACCAUGAGUGUAAAUUAAACGCCGUAUUCCAGGGGGGACAUCGAGGUGGAGGCGAGGCAGAGUUGGCUAGCUACAGCAGACAGUAGAAACAGAAGAGGACGUCAGCCUCAGAAUCGUUUCCCUGGAACUCACUGCGUUUUCAUCGAAAUUGACAUGCUACAUUCGCUUUAUAUAUCAGUAUCAGCUAAGCAAAUAAUUUUAUGUAGUAUGUAUUAAAAAAUAAGAACACACUCAAGUCAUGUCGUUUGAAUUUCGAUCAUUGAUGUUCGGGAUUGUGAUAUUGCUAGUAAUAUUCUUAAUAAUUAGUGAUAUUUCUGAAGUGGAAGAAGAAAUUGGGAAACAUGGAGGCUCGAGGAAGUUCUACCCGCAAAGCUUCCUGCCGAAAUCAGAAAGGCCGGUCCCAUCGCUGCGACCUCCUCCCUCAAACCGGCACAGCGCAGACGAGAUUGACACCAACAUUAUCAUCAGGGGUGACGAGGCAGAGGCGGAGGCGGACCCCACUCCGUUGACCAAACCGGGGCCCAUCAUCACCCCUUCCCCCGAGACCAGUUUGGCGACCCCCUCCUCUGAAUGGAGCUUCAACAGGACCCUCUCGAACUCCAUCAGGAAGAACAUCCUGAAGUUCUUGGACGCUGAGAGGGACAUAUCCAUGCUGAGGGGCUCGCUGAGGCCGGGGGAGGUCAUCCACUACAUCUUCGACCGGCAGUCCACGGUCAACGUGUCGGAGAGCCUGUACCGGCUGCUGCCGACCGUGUCGCCCAUGAAGGACCGGCACUACCAGCGCUGCGCCAUCGUGGGCAACUCCGGCAUCCUGCUCAACAGCAGCUGCGGCCGCCAGAUCGACUCCCACGAUUUCGUCAUCAGGUGUAACCUGGCCCCGGUGGAGGAGUACGCGGCGGACGUGGGCCGGCGCACCAGCCUGGUGACCAUGAACCCGUCGGUGGUGGAGCGGGCGUUCCGGGACCUGUCGAGCGAGGCGUGGCGCGAGCGCUUCGUGCGGCGGCUGCGGGCCCUGGAGGGGAGCGUGCUCUGGAUCCCCGCCUUCAUGGCCAAGGGCGGCGAGGACCGCGUGGAGUGGGCCACCCGCCUCAUCCUCCGCCACGCGCUCAACGUGCGCACGGCCUUCCCCUCGCUGCGGCUGCUGCACGCCGUGCGCGGCUACUGGCUGACGAACAAGGUGCUAAUUAAGAGGCCGACGACGGGCCUUCUGAUGUACACCAUGGCAACGCGUUUCUGCGACGAGAUCCACCUGUACGGGUUCUGGCCCUUCCCCCAGGACCCGCAGGGGAACCCCAUGAAGUACCACUACUACGACACCCUGACCUACGAGUACGACUCCCACAGCAGCCCCCACACCAUGCCCCUGGAGUUCAGCACGCUGAGGGACCUGCACAGCCAGGGGGCGCUGCGGCUCCACAUCGGGCGCUGCGGCGCCGACACGUAACCACGGCGACCGGGAGGGAUUCUGGGAAGGGGGCAGCCCGAAGGGGAAACGCACGCUACUCGCGGAGGCAGCUGAAGCACUUUGUCCUGAAAGUCCGGUGCCUGUGCGCUCGGAGUGGGCGGGGCUAUGGGGUUUUUAGCCCCGCCCAUGUUUUUUUUUUUUUUAAUGCCGUUUCGUU